AGUGCGAUUGAAUACAGCGCUAUACGUGUAUCUCAUAGAGACUCUACCAUACGAUUAUUUACAGUGCGAUACAUUAUAAAGCGAUUAUAUUUGUGCUUUAUCUCUAAAAGUUUUGUGAAGUGUUUUGUUUAUUAAUUUUUUAUUCUCUCCCCAUUUGUGCGCGUAUUUCUGAGAAACACGAACAAUGGUCGGUAAAACGGCAAUCGGUAUCGAUCUCGGCACCACGUACUCUUGCGUGGGUAUCUGGCAACACGGCAAAGUGGAGAUUAUCGCCAACGAUCAAGGUAACAGGACCACGCCGAGUUAUGUGGCGUUUACCGACACCGAGCGGCUGAUCGGCGACGGAGCCAAGAACCAGGUAGCGAUGAACCCCAAGAACACGGUGUUUGACGCUAAACGGUUGAUCGGCCGUCGUUUCGACGACGAGAAAACGCAAGCGGACAUGAAACACUGGCCGUUCAAAGUGGUGAACGACUGCGGUAAGCCAAAAGUGCAAGUGGAGUUCAAAGGCGAGAACAAAGUGUUCGCCCCGGAAGAGAUCAGUUCUAUGGUGUUGACGAAAAUGAAGGAGACGGCCGAAGCGUUCUUGGGACGGACCGUGACGGACGCGGUGAUCACGGUUCCGGCGUAUUUCAACGAUUCACAGAGACAAGCGACCAAGGACGCGGGCGCGAUAGCCGGACUGAACGUGAUGAGGAUAAUCAACGAGCCGACGGCGGCGGCAUUGGCGUACGGUCUGGACAAAAACCUUAAAGGGGAGAGGAACGUGUUGAUAUUCGACCUUGGUGGCGGCACGUUCGACGUGUCCGUGCUGCAGAUAGACGAGGGUUCGAUAUUCGAAGUGAAGUCCACGGCUGGAGACACGCAUUUGGGCGGCGAGGAUUUCGACAACCGGCUGGUGUCGCAUCUGGCCGAGGAGUUCAAAAGGAAGUUCAAGAAGGACGUGCGUGGCAACCCUAGAGCGCUGCGACGGUUAAGGACCGCCGCGGAACGGGCCAAGAGAACGUUGUCAUCCAGCUCGGAGGCCACUAUAGAGAUCGACGCCCUAAUGGAAGGUAUCGAUUUCUACACCAGGGUGUCCCGGGCACGUUUUGAAGAGCUGUGCGCGGACCUGUUCAGAUCGACCCUGCAGCCGGUGGAGAAAGCGUUGGCUGACGCCAAGUUGGACAAGGGUUCCGUACACGACGUGGUGCUCGUGGGCGGCUCCACGAGGAUUCCGAAGAUCCAGAGUCUCUUACAAAACUACUUCUGCGGCAAACCGCUAAACCUGUCCAUCAACCCCGACGAAGCGGUCGCUUACGGUGCUGCCGUGCAGGCUGCCAUUCUGAGUGGUGACACAAGCUCUGCCAUCCAAGACGUGUUACUCGUGGACGUGACCCCUUUGUCGCUGGGCAUCGAGACCGCGGGUGGUGUGAUGACCAAGAUCGUCGAGCGCAACUCGACAAUUCCGUGCAAACAAACGCAAACAUUUACCACGUACGCGGACAACCAGCCAGCCGUCACCAUUCAGGUGUUCGAGGGAGAACGGGCCAUGACCAAGGACAACAAUCUGCUGGGAACGUUCGAUCUGACCGGCAUUCCUCCGGCCCCGAGAGGUGUACCUAAGAUCGAUGUGACUUUUGAUCUGGAUGCCAACGGUAUAUUGAACGUAUCGGCGAAAGACAACAGUUCUGGUCGGUCCAAGAACAUCGUCAUCAAGAACGAUAAGGGCCGUUUGUCCCAAGCCGAAAUCGACCGAAUGCUCAGCGAAGCGGAACGGUACAGAGAAGAGGACGAACGGCAGAAGGAGAAGAUUGCGGCCAAGAACCAGUUGGAAAGCUACGUGUUCAAUGUGAAACAAGCGUUGGACGAUGCUGGCGAUAAGUUGACCGAAUCCGAGAAGAAUACCUGUAAACAAGAAUGCGAUGCAGUUGUCCAAUGGUUGGACAACAAUCAGUUGGCCGACAAAGAAGAGUUCGAGUUCAAACUGAAAGAAAUCCAAAAGAGCUGCUCGGGUCUUAUGAUGAAGUUACAUGGCGGACAAGCGGGAGGACAUCAAAUGCCUGCUGGUGGCGCCGCAGGAGCACAUUCCCGUGGCCCUACUGUCGAAGAAGUUGAUUAAGUUAAUAUAAUAUAUCUUGCUGUAUAUACUUGUAAGUAACUUUUUUCCUAUUUUGUUCGUAUUUGACUGUUUAUUUGUUAUGUAAAUAUUUGUAAGAAAUAUUUUAACUAAUUGUAAUUAA